GGUGGUGAAGUUGGAUCCUGUCAUUGAAGAUGAUGCAGAGCUACAGAAAUCUUCUAAGCUGUUGCCCGUCCACACUCUGCGUCUUGGUGUGGAGCUGGACUCCUUCGAUGGUCACCACUACAUCUCCUCAGUAGUCCCUGGAGGCCCUGUGGAGAAACAUGGAGUGUUGAGACCAGAGGACGAGCUUCUGGAGGUGAAUGAUGUUCAGCUGUACGGUAAGUCUCGUCGUGAAGUGGUGGCAUUCCUCAAAGAAGUGCCGCCCCCUUUUACUCUGGUCUGCUGCCGACACCCAACCUCCGAACUGGGACCAGAAUCUGAAUCUGAAUCUGAACCAGGAUCUGAUCCCGUACUACAACCUGGACCAAUGAGACAGUCAAAACCCAGUGUGGAGGAGAUUGAGCUGAAGCUGUCGUCCAUGCUCUGCACUCAGACGGAGAAGAGACAAAGCGCCACUGUGCAGGAGCAAGCACUUAAACAGGAAUCCCCUGGAGAAGAGGAGCUGAUGGAGACUCAACACAGCCAGGAGGAGGAGGAGGAGGAGGAGGAGGAGGAGGAGCAAGAUGAAGAUGAAGAUGAAGAUGAAGAUGAAGAUGAAGAUGAAGGGGAGCUGGCCCAGUGGUCUCCAGACGUGCAGGUGUUGGAGCUGCAGAAGGAGAGAGGCAAAGGCCUCGGCUUCAGCAUCCUUGAUUACCAGGUAAUAACAGAACCUAUAUCCUCCUCCACCUGCUGCUGCGUCUUUAUCCUGUCUGUCUGUCUCUUCUCACAUUCAUACGGUAUACAAAGUCUCCUCUCCUCUGAGGAGCCUCUGCUGCGGAGGGGGUGCAAGAUCGGUAAAUGAAAUCCAACAUUCAAUGAUCUUGGGAGGCCGUUGUUUAUAUUUCUGACUUUGUUAUACUGCUGCUACUGCCAGGAAACUUCCAGACACUACGCUCGCUCAACCAUUUUUUAUAUCGGUGCAUCCCUAGUAUUGAUUAUCAGUUUCAAAAGAACAUUUUAAAAGUAAAGUGCCAAUUAUGUGCUAAGUCCUUCUCAAUGUGUGAUGUUGUUUGACACUGUCAUUUGCAGAGACAGGUCAUUAUAUCAUAGAUAUUGUGUGAUCUGUUUUGUUGUUGCAUAGAUAGAAGUAGUUCCCAGUGAGGCGUUUGUCCAACUGUGGACCCGAGGAAAAAAUAAGUCUUUUGGAUUAUUUCUGUGGGGACUAUAAAUGUCUGUAAAAAAAACAUGAGAAGCCAUCAUAUUCUUGUUGAAAUAUACACUCUGAACAGAAUUGUUUGACCAGACUGGUAGGUCUGUUUCUGAAAUGUAUAAAAACUAUUUUGGAUGACACACAACCACCCUCACACAGAGUUAAUGACCUCCCUAUGGUUGUUUGGUGGUGGAUGGACACGGUGAAGCGGGUGUGACUCGGUUCUCACACUGCACAGAGAGAACAGUGAGGAGUGUCACCGUGACAUAGGCUGACUCCGGAUAAACCACAUCUGUUUGCACGACCAGGCUGCAGCUUCUAAGGUUCAUAAUGUAACAUAACACAAGUCAAACAAAACAUUUUUUGUCAACAUUAAUACCUGUGGGAUGAUGUAACUCAAAAUAGUAGAUAGUUUAGUUUUAAUGGUACAUAUGUUUCCAUUUCUUCAAAGCAUCUUUUUCAGCGGUUGUUGUAAAUCCAUGCAAAUAUCUAUGCACAUUUUUGCCUAUAUAAAAACAGACUACAUUUGUGUGUUCAGGUGCUAACAGGAAGCUUUGACACCCAAGAUUUGAUAACCAGCUCGUGAAAAAUGCUUAACAUUCAUGUAUCAUUCCAUUGGUCUAAGAAUUGUUCUCUUUUCCUGUUUUGGUGACUGGUAAACAAGUUGAUGUGAAUAACAUGUCUGCACAUUUGCUAUCUGUGACAAGACACGUUCCUGUGUUACAAAGGGAUAAACGUUCUCUUAUCUUUGUAGCAACUAAAACAAUUUAUGUUUUGCUUCGUUGCUAGCUGGGGAGUAGUUUUGGGAAACCCUGGUCUGUAGAGUUUUUCCUCCCCUGCCUUGCACUUUAUCUUUAGGCACAGCUUCACCUCCAGACCUCUGCUCCCCCCCCA